UGAGAAUCUGAACGAACGAUCAGAAAUGAGCAGAAAGGAUGAUUUCAAGUUUCAGCCUGGCUCAUAAAUUAAUUCAACACAGCAUACACCCAUAGUGAAGAGUUUCUGAAUAUAAAUGAAAAUGGUGCACUUAGAAGUGCACCUGCAGAUCGUGCUGGGGGUCGCCCUCGCUGUCUUCUGCUUCUGCCUCCUCCUCGGCUGUUUCCUGGCCUGGCGUCGACGGAAGUCCCGCACGUCCGGGGAUAAGGAAGCCCCCCCAUCCCCGCCACAGGACCUCUGCAGCCCCGUGGUGGCUACUGUACCCGUGCGGCAGCAGUACGAGGAGCUGGAUGGGGAUGUGUGUGGGAGUCCGUGCUCGAGGAGCGACGGCUCGGCGCCCCCUGGCUGCCAGACCACGCCGGUGCACGAGUCGCAGACGCCUGCCCCACCUGAGUUGGGCCUGCAUCUGGGAAAGACAGGCUUCCCCCUGCGCCGACUGAGCUUCCCCGCGGCCUCUGGCUCCGCCCCCCGGUUGCACCGCCAUGGUUGUGCCUCUUUGCCCUCCGCCGUGCCCAAGCUGGGCCUGGUUUCCAGGACGCGCCGUGCUGUCGAGCGGCGCUACACAGUGAUGGGCGACAGCCUAGCGUGCAGUGAGCGCAGUCGGUUGACAGCCGCCACUGGCUCCCCCCUAUCCUCAUACCUGGCCCUCGAGCCCACCGUCUCCCCUGCACCCACCCCCACCGACCGCAUUACCCGACCAGCCCCUCUUCUGCAAUUCUCCCUCCUGUUCUCGCCAGCACGCGGUACCCUCACCGUCACGGUGCUCAGCCUAUCGGGUGGGGGCCGGCGCCUGGGCGGGGCCAUCCUACGCGCCAGCCUGCCGCCACUCUGCCCUGCCCCUGUGCAGGCCCUGGCACGCCGCCGCAGCCUCGGACCCGAGCUGCGUGGUCAGAGCGUGCUGCUGCCGGUGGGCUCGCAGGAGGAGCUGCGCGGCUGCUCCCUGCAGCUGGCUGUCGUCGCCCGUGACUUCUCGGGCCUCCGGGAGUCGGCCGUGGGCCAGCUGGAGCUGCCGUGCAGUGAGGUGGACUGGGAACCCGACCGCGCCAUCACCUACAGCAGGGGGCUGCAGCCGGCCAAGAGCAGGCUGAAGAAGAGCCAGAGCUCCCAUGAUUCGCUGAGCCGGGGACCUCGGGAUCUGGGCCAGCUGUUCAUCCUGCUGCAGUACCAGAGCCCAGCACACCGCGUAAAGGUGAUGGUGCGCAAGGCCGAGAGCAUGGCCAGACUGAGCCGCAUGCCCGGAGCACCAGAUCAUUAUGUGGUGAUAAAGCUACGCCACAAGGGGACUGUGAUUGAGACCAAGGAGACCAAAGGAGCCAGUGGGUACAACGCGGUGUGGAACGCCCCCUUCCUGUUUGACCUGCCUCAAGGUGACAUCACUCAGCUGGCGCUCGUCCUGGAGUUCGUCAUCAUGCAGGGCCGGGUGUUCACCAAGAGCAGCAUGCUGGGCCGCGUCCUGAUUGGCAGCGAGGCUCCAGAGGAGGGCAAAGCGCACUGGGUGGAGAUGUACAGCCGGGACCGGGUGGAGACGGCUCGUUGGCAUGCCAUACAGCCGGAGUCACGGCAGUCAGGGGAGGAGCCCUAACCUUCUUUUACCCCCCCCCCCCAUCAUUUCUGGAGAAGGGAAUGAAAGUGCAUUGGGGCUUAAACCUGACUCACAUCCAUUCAUGCACGUCUGCCCAGGGCGAUGGACUCGAAUGAAGCAAACCGCCCAUGAGCUCUUUCACACAGAUCCCCUCUGGUUGGAGAGGUUAGACCUCUACAGCUCCACAGAAGGCUUCGAAGCAGAAUUAAGGUGCAGUGAUAAGUGUUUGCGAGCACUGCAUAAUGUGUGUAAAAUCAUGUGCACAUGUCAGUGACUAAUAUGUACCGUUUGCAAGCAUUAGCACAUUAGCCAGACACCAGGAAGGCCUCCCAGCCCUACCAGUGCAUAGUAGUGGUAAUAGCAGUGCGGUGUCUGUCCAGAAGUCAACUUUCAAAGUGCCCAAGUAAUUUUGUUUUUUCCUAGCAGUGACAAAGCGUGUGUGUUAGCGCACCUUGUAUAUUGAAAACAACCUUGUGUGUUUUACAUAAAUGGAAAUUUACCAGAUGUUUUGGUAACACUUUACUUGAAGCUCUCAUCUAUCGUGCAUUAUAGACACCUUUAUAAUACAUCAUAAAUCAUCUUUAAUGGAUUAUCAUGGUCAGUAUAAGGAUUAAUAAAGCAUGACGGCAUCUUCUACUGACAGUCAUAAGGCAUUAUAGUGUUGAUUACAAUACUUCAGAAGAUCCAGUCUAUAAUGCAUUAUAAACACCUUCAUUAUCAUUACAAAGCAUCCUAAAUUCUUAUACCCGACCAUUAUAACACAUUAUGGAUGCUUUGUAAUGCAUUAUGAAGUUAUCUAAGAAGGUACCAAUGUUUCAAACUGAGAUUCUGCCAAGAAAAAGGCACCAGGACUCUCAAACAGUGAUGGAUCACAUUCAUUGUGACUCAUAUGGGGACACAAUUCUCAUCACAAGUCAUUUCUGCCCCCAAAAUAUGACUCAUCAUGAUCUUCCCCGAAAUCCUACACCAGUACCUCUACCCCGACAACCAGUUGCAACUGGAAACUGUCCAUGCUCACACUGAAUUCUCCCCAAGCAGCCUGGGUAUCCCCUCUCCUCAUUUCAGUGUGGCAGUGAUGAGUACAGCAAGCAUGUCAGUUAUUGCCAUUGCUACAGCAAACCCUCUUAAUGUGUUCAGUCCUCUUAAGCCAUGGAAAAAUUCAGUAUCUGUGUGUUGUUUAAUGGUUUAUAUGUCAAAU